AUGAACAUUGCGAGCGCGUUGACUGGUGGCUUCGCCAUCGACAUCAAUGUUUCCCAGUCGACAGUAAACCUGGGGAAUCAACUCAUGUUCAUGGGCAUUGUGGUAUUUGAGAUACCUUGCAAUAUGGCCUUGCAACGAGUCGGCCCUCGCAAGUGGAUUUCGAUUCAGGUCUUUCUCUUUGGUUUCCUUGCCACCAUGCAAGUCUUCAUAAAGAAUCGAGGAGCAUUUCUAGCAUUGCGACUACUCCUUGGCUUCGCUGAGGCAGGUUAUAUCCCUGGAGCAGUCUUUAUCCUGUCGUCCUGGUAUACGAAAAAAGAACUAGCCAAGCGGGUUGCCAUAUUCUUCUUUGGAAUGUUUGGCGGCAACGCGCUAAGUCCCAUCCUGGCUUCGGGGAUUCUGCUUCUCAACGGUCAACGCGGGAUCCGAGGAUGGCAAUGGCUCUUUCUGCUUGAAGGAUUAUUCACGAUCUUUAUCUCAUUCGUCAUUUCUUUGUUCCUUCCUGAAUCACCCGACCAUACCAGACCGCUAUUAAGCCCAGGACUUGUCAAGUUCUCCGAGUACGAGCAGAACAUUCUUAAAACGCGACUCGAGAACGACAAUGGUGGAAACAACGAGGGUGCUUAUGGCAAACAUAUUCCGCUUAAGAUUGUCUUCCGCACUAUGUGCUGCUACCGCCGUUGGCUUCACUUUUUGUCGACAUUUGUCGUCUUCUCGACAUGGAGUCCGCUAACCACUUAUACACCCUCAAUUAUUAUGUCGCUCGGAUUUGACAGGACAGAGGCAAAUGCUCUUGCCGCUGUUGGCGCAUUUCUAUCACUCGGCGUGGUGUUUUUCUUCGCCUACAUGAGCGAUCGAACCAAUUUACGAGGUGCUUCUGUAAUCGCAGCUCAAGUCUGCUACCUCACUACCCUGAUAGUAGCUCUCACAGUCCAGCCUCAUGUUGGCAAGUGGUCACGUUGGGGACUUUGGACCGCAGUGAAUAGCUUUGCUGUGGGCUACCACCCCAUACAUAAUUUUUGGGUUCAGGUGAACUGUCGAGACCCAAGAGAGCGAAGUAUCAGCAUAGCGUGA